CUUGAUCUGUAGAUUUUUUUAGGCUAACGGCUUGGAGGCCUAAUAUUAGUUUAAUUGCAUCACAUUCUUUUAAGGUCGCACCCGAAGGUCAUUCAUCGCGGUGAUAUAUGGCCGAGCCGGACAAGUUAAACAUUGACAGCUUGAUUUCGAGACUUCUGGAGGUUCGUGGGUCUCGUCCAGGAAAAAAUGUGCAAUUAACUGAAGGUGAAAUCAGAGGCUUAGCUCUUAAGUCGAGGGAAAUUUUUCUUCGUCAGCCAAUUUUAUUGGAACUUGAAGCACCUUUGAAGAUAUGUGGAGAUAUUCAUGGCCAAUAUUAUGACUUGUUACGCCUUUUUGAGUAUGGUGGAUUUCCUCCAGAUGCUAAUUAUCUAUUCUUGGGCGAUUAUGUUGACCGUGGAAAACAGUCAUUGGAAACGAUAUGUCUCCUCCUAGCUUACAAAAUAAAAUAUCCCGAAAACUUUUUCCUGUUGCGUGGAAACCAUGAAUGCGCUUCAAUCAAUCGCAUAUAUGGAUUUUAUGACGAAUGUAAGCGGAGGUACAACAUAAAAUUGUGGAAGACGUUUACUGACUGUUUCAAUUGUUUACCAAUAGUUGCCAUUGUUGAUGAAAAGAUUUUCUGUUGUCAUGGUGGUCUCUCUCCCGAUCUCCAUUCCAUGGAGCAAAUACGUAGGAUUAUGCGACCAACUGACGUUCCUGAGCAGGGUUUACUGUGUGACCUUCUUUGGUCAGAUCCAGAUAAAGAUAUAACCGGUUGGGGAGAAAAUGAUCGUGGUGUCAGUUAUACAUUUGGAGCGGAUAUUGUCACUAAAUUUCUUCAUAGUCAUGAACUCGACUUGAUAUGCAGAGCCCAUCAGGUUGUGGAAGAUGGUUACGAAUUUUUCGCUAAACGUCAACUAGUAACAUUAUUCUCCGCACCUAAUUAUUGUGGAGAGUUUGAUAACGCUGGGGCAAUGAUGUCUGUUGAUGAAACUCUUACUUGCUCUUUCCAGAUAUUAAAGCCUGCAGACAAGAAGAAAUUUAAUUUCGGGUCACUGAAUUCCGGUUGGCCUUCUACUCCGCCAAGGAACUCCAAGCUUAAAGACAAAUGAAUUCCAUAUAAAAGCUUUUUGUGAGUAAUGGAUUUCGAAAACCGUUACUUCAUUGUGUAUUCGUAUUUUGGUUAUUCAUUAUUCACUGUACAGCUAUCAGGCGAUAAAGAUUUGUAUGUCUAAUGAGAAUAUGUUAUAUUUUGGGUGAUCAUCACUUCGUCCUUUUUAAAUGAUAACGAAUAAAUUUCUAUCAAUCACUAAUUACAGAUUUCAUGUCCAUUUUUAGUAUACUUUAUGUUUAAGACAUGAAGUUUCUAGGUUAUUCUGACAUUUUAUCCUGCCCAGUGUCAAGUGAUGUACAGUCAUGUUAACUCCUACUUAUCACUAUUUAUCACUGUACAAUAAUUUUCAUAUGUUGUAUUUUACCAUCGUAGGCGCCGCAUCUUCAUUGUAUUUAACUCAUUUAAUAGCCGAUUAACACAUCAUGUUAUCUGUUAAUUACUUACUAAAAGUGCUUGUAUAAAUAAAUAUUCGGAAAGUUUUUGUCUUGAGUUAUGUUUCUUCUUGUUCAAGUUCCGAACCCAGAAAAGUUUGGCUUUUCGUUUUUAGCUACUGGCAUAGCUUAAAAACAAAUUAGCCAGUUAUCACAAGUUGAAAAUAAUUCUGUUUCCUUAGGCUGUCCCACACUGUAUGUUUUGGUAUUUGGUGUCCAAUGUCUCUCUUCUGGUCAAAAGAGAAAAUUUUCGUUUUCGUACAUAUAUAUAUAUAUAUAUAUAUAUAUAUAUACAUAACCAUUUUUAUAAUGAAAUAGCCCUAUGGUUGGUUCUCUUGCCAGACAGUUUUUCCUUAGUUCUUUUUUUAGGAUCAGAUGUCUUGAUGUAACGGUCAUCAGUGAAUUCUCAUUUAACAGACUAACAGUGUUACUUGUAGCUAAGUAAUCAAUGAUACUGAUUUUAUGAUCAGACUAUGCUUUUAGGCGUAAUCACUACC